AUGACUUUGCCAACCUACAAAAUCUACAAAAUCCAAUGGCAUCUCGCAAUGCAAGAUCCUUUCAUGCCUCAAGCUAUACGCUACCACACCAAUAUCUUCAUUGAAACCUCCCAAGAUGGCUCGGGUACGAUCUAUGAAGUCAAUGGAGAUAUCGUCUCUGCUAGCGGAAUGAGUUAUUUGAAGUUCCCUUCACCGCCACCAGAGUCUUUCGAGUCAUUCUAUCAAAGAAAUCUUUUGGGCAAAAUUGCUGUGUCUGAUUUAGAGGAAGUGACAGGAGUUCUGAAGAGUAUUCCACCGCCUCCAAGACAGAGAUGGUUCAAUCCGAAAAGCAUGAAGAUGGAAGCUUGUAAGGUAGAUGGAACGCCGUAUAGAUAUGAGGAGGUAGUACCAAAAUUCUGGAAAUGUACGGAGUGGACGAAUGAGAAGGCUAUACCUGCUUUAUGGGCGAAAGGGUUAAUUAAAAUGGUUAAUAACGAGGACGUUGUUGGAAAUUAG